AUGGCUUCAUCUUCUUCAUCUCCUAUCUGGAAGUACGAUGUGUUCUUGAGUUUCCGGGGAGAAGACACCCGCAAGAACAUUGUCAGUCAUUUGCACAAACAACUUGUCGAUAAGGGAGUUGUUACGUUCAAAGAUGAUAAAAAGCUUGAGCUCGGCGACUCCAUCUCCGAAGAAAUCAGCAGAGCCAUUCAAAACUCUACAUAUGCUCUUGUGAUUCUAUCGGAGAACUACGCUUCAUCUAGUUGGUGCUUGGACGAGCUCCGCAUGGUAAUGGAUCUUCACCUAAAGAAUAAGAUUAAAGUUGUCCCCAUUUUCUAUGGAGUUGAUCCUUCUCACGUGAGACAUCAGACUGGGAGUUUCACAUUUGACAAGUACCAAGACUCUAAAAUGCCUAACAAGGUCACAACUUGGAGAGAAGCUCUCACCCAGAUCGCCAGUUUAGCAGGAAAGGAUUUUGAAACUUGUGAAGACGAGGCGUCGAUGAUUGAAGAGAUUGUUAAAGACAUUUCAAAAAAGUUGUUGAUUAUGCAGCCAGUAGAUUUCAGCGACAUCGUAGGGAUGAACGCUCACAUGGAGCGCCUGAGUCCUCUAUUGAGUAUGGACUCUGAGAAUGAGGUUCGUAUGAUAGGAAUCUGGGGAAUGGGAGGCAUCGGCAAAACCACCAUUGCCAAGUGUCUCUUUGACCAGUUUUCACAGGGAUUUCCAGCUCGUUGUUUCCUUGAAAACGUUUCCAAGAUUUAUAGAAAGGGUGGUGUCUCGUCUUUAGCAGAAAAGUUUCUUUCAACUACACUUGGUCUGUCUAAGAAGAAGAUGAAGGGUUCGGGCGUAAAACUUGGACCCCAGGAGAUUAAGGCGAGGUUUGGAUGUCGUAAAGUCUUUGUUGUCCUUGAUAAUGUGGAUGACAUGAGACAAAUGCAUGCUUUUGCUCAAGAGUCGAGCUGGUUUGGGCCAGGCAGUCGAAUAAUCAUAACAACACGAGACAAGGGCUUGCUCAAUACAUACGGAGUAAGAACUGUAUAUGAAGUUAAGUGCAUGGAUAAUGAUGCUGCUCUUCAGUUAUUUAACCAGUUGGCUUUCAAAGGAGCGCUUCCUCCUUCUGAACUUUAUGAAAAACUGUCAAUCCGAGCGUCUUGGCUUGCUCAAGGUCUUCCAGUCGCUAUUGAAGCUUAUGGAUUAUUUUUCCGAAGAAUGACAUCUUUAAAGGAGUGGGACGAUGCAUUAUGUAGAUUUAUAGAAGCUCCUGAUGAAAGUGUUAUGGAGAUCUUGAAAAUUAGCUACGAUGGAUUAGAGGAAACAGAUAAAAAUGUAUUCCUUCAUGUAGCAUGUCUCUUUAAUGGAGAACCUCUCCGGCGUGCCACUACCCUUCUCGAUGAUGGUGUACUACAGGGUUGUCUGGGAUUAAAAAUAUUGGCUGAGAAGUCUCUCAUUGAAAUAACAGCCAGUGGGUAUAUAAAGAUGCAUAAUUUGGUAGACCAAACUGCAAGAGCAAUUGUUAAUCAAGAAUCCAUGCAGAGGCGCCAUGGACGAGGAGUUUUGUGGAAUCCUUAUGAAAUUUAUGAAUUACUGAAACGUAACACGACAAGCGAACCAACCAAUUGCAUGGCACUACAUAUGUGUGACAUGGUUUAUGCAUUGCAUCUGGGAGGGUAUACAGCGUACCACGAUACUCUCAAAUUCCUCAAGAUCUACAAGCACUCGAACCAUAUUAAGUCCAAGCUGCUUUUCAGUGGUGACGAUACAAAUCUACUUUCAUCAAGGCUUAGGUUACUACAUUGGGACGCAUUUCCCUUGACAACCUUCCCUUGCCGAUUCCAGCCGCAAGAUCUUGUUGAAAUCAUUCUACAUCGCAGCAAUCUCACAAGCUUCUGGAAAGAAACCGUGGUAAAAGCUCUUAACAGAUCUAUGCUUAUAACAAUGUAUCUUCUGGUACUUAACAUUCUCGCAAUUUUCCUAUUCUUUGUUGAAUAUGCUCAGGGGAUGCCAAACUUGAGAAGAUUGGACUUGUCAGAUUCUGAAAAUCUGGAACAACUUCCAGAUCUUUCAAUGGCCGUUAAUUUGGAGGAAUUGAUAACUCAAGGCUGCAAGAGGCUGAAGAAAAUUCCAGAGUCCAUCAGCUACCUUACUAGAUUGACGACGCUUGAUGUCUCAUACUGUGAGGAGCUUGCUAGUUAUAUCACUAUAAGGGAAUUGAAUAGGAGCGGCCGUCAAAUUGCUUUGUAUUUCUCGGGUAAAGAAGUGGAAACGAGGUCCAUUGCAAAUCUAUCUAUUGGAGGAAACAUACAUAUUCAGAUGUUUUGGCUUGAUGGCAACGUAGAUCAUCUCAGUUUUACUACUGAGCAACAAGGACCUGAUAAAUUGACAAAGAAAGAGAAGCAACAAGCACCUGGUGAAUUGACAAAGAGGGAGCAGCAACAAGAACCUCGUAAAAAAACAAUAUUAUGUGGUUUUGGAUCGCUUAUGAGGAAAGGACGGAAAGUUAAGGCCACUUCAGAGUUUCUUGAUCAUGAAUGGAUGAUGCAGAGGGAUCAGCUAGCGCCUGAUAACCAACAAGCUCUUGAAUUUUCUACAAGGACACGGCAGGCACUUCAGUUCUUGCCAGAGUUUCAUGGUCAGGAAUCGGUGAAGAAAGCACAGGGAAAAUCUCAACCCACAUCCAAGUUCCAUGGAUUUACUUCAGUAGACAUCAGCAGGUUCAGGUACAGCAGUGAUGGUGCAAGUUUCCUCUGUUUUAGCCUUUCGAUGUUCCCCUGCGUGAAAGAGUUAAUUCUAAUCAACCUAAACAUUAAAGUGAUCCCAGAUGACGUGUGCGGCUUGAAAUUCCUAGAGAAACUGGACUGGAGUGGCAAUGAUUUUGAGACUUUACCAGAAACCAUGAAUCAACUUCCCAGGUUGAAAUAUGCCAGCUUUCGUAACUGUUGCAGACUCAAAGCAUUGCCAGCGCUGGUUCAGUUGGAGACAAUCAAACUCUCUGGCUGUAUAAACCUCCAAUCAUUGUUGGAACUUUCUUAUGCUGAACAAGACUGUGGCAGAUUCCAAUGGCUUGAGCUUUGGGUUGAUGGCUGCAAGAGCAUUCGAUCAAUUUUAGAUCAGCUUAGACAUUUUAUCAAGCUAUCAUAUUUAGAUCUUAGCAGCCAUGAAUUUGAGAAAUUGCCAUCCAGCAUCGAAGUGCUUUCCUCUUUGAGAACUCUCUGCCUUAAUAAGUGCAAGAAACUCAAAUCGAUUGAAGGGCUUCCGUUGUGCCUCAAGUCUCUCUACGCCCAUGGCUGUGAAAUCUUGGAAACUGUUUCCCUUCCUUUGAACCAUUCUGUAAAACACCUUGAUCUUAGUCAUUGUUUCGGUUUAAAACGGGAUGAACAUCUGAUCGCUCAGUUUCUCAACGAGGGAGAAAACGAAGAGGUAUGUUUCCAGCUUAUUCUUCCAUUACUCCACUGCAAACAACCUGAACUUGAUCAUUCUCCAUCUUUUUUUCUUUUCGUUGUUGUCCUCGAAUAGGAGUCACUGGGAUUCGCUUUCUUUCCUGGAACCGAGGUGCCCAGUUACUUUGAUCAUAUAGAUAAAGGAAAGUCCCUAACGAUUGACUUACCCCAAAUUUGGCCGUCCCCGAAAUUGCUGGGUUUUGAUGCAUGUGUCGUGAUUGCUUGCGAGAGGCCCUUUGAUAUACAAUUCUCGCCAUUUUCUUAUGACUGGGAUUGGGGAUAUGAAAGGUACUUUUGUUUAUACCUUAAACCAGAUUUCCAUAGUACUGACCCUAGCACUGAAGAUGAGGAAGAAGUUGUUAAAUCAGAUCACCUGCUUAUCAUCCGCGGGUUAAAAAACUUCAGCAACCAAAUCAACAAGUUAGGCAUCAAAUCCGAUUUGCAAUUCUCAGAGGAGUUGAAGUCUCCAUCCGCAAAGCUACAAUCAUGUGGAAUUCGCUUGAUUUGGGAAGUUGGCCAAGCAGACAAGAGUAUAGAAGGGGAAGAGCUUCCACUGAGCCUUGAGCAUCUCUAUGCACACGGCUCCAAUUCCCUGGAGAAUGAUUCCUUUUCCCCAAAUCACUCGAUCAAGUAUCCAUUGCCCCCGCCUGAAUCAAGAAGAACACAAGAAUCUAAUGAAUAUGAUUUUACAUGACGGACAUAGUCAAGAGGUAAGGUUACCUCUCAAUUGGGUUACCCUAGCUGGAAACUUUUUCCAGAACCUCAUUUCAUGUUUUAGAAGUUGACCACUGCCUUCGUUUUAAGCUUGAUGAUGGUGGGUCAAAAUGGUUUGAAAUUUUCUGCUUUCUUUGAUCCCUCUACGCCAUUGCCAUGAGACGGCAAAUUCUGGAUCUUCUCACCCAGUAAUCCGCCGCAAAUCUGCCUGCCCCGUCACCUGAUGAUUC